CAAACCUUCUCGUCAACUCGUCAACUAUGUCUGGAGGUGAUCAUGAUAACGUAUCAGUUGGUGUGAUUGGUGGAAGUGGAUUAUACCACUUAGACAAUCUUACUUUCGUAAAGACCGUUAAUCCCGAAACGCCAUGGGGCCUUCCAAGCUCCCCGUUAACCAUCUUUUCCCUUCCAUCUGGGACGAAGAUCGCAUUUCUAGCCAGACACGGACACAACCACACUUUGCACCCAUCCAAUAUUCCUGCUCGUGCUAACAUCGCCGCACUUAAAUCGGUUGGUGUUCGUGCAAUCCUUGCAUUCUCUGCGGUCGGUUCCCUACGAGAAGAGAUUGCUCCAGGAUCAUUCGUCUUACCCGAUCAAAUCAUUGAUCGCACAAAGGGUGUUCGCCCCGUUUCUUUCUUUGAAGAGACAACCAUCGUUGCCCAUGCUGCAUUUGGUGACCCUUUCAGCAACAGAUUAGUGAAGUGGCUGGAGGAUAAAAUCCGGAAAGCGCUGGACAGUGAGGGUCGCGGCGUCAAGCUGUUCACAGAAAAGUGCGUUGUUUGCAUGGAAGGUCCUCAGUUUUCCACCCGUGCCGAAAGCUUGAUGUACCGUCAAUGGGGAGCCGACAUCAUCAAUAUGAGCGUACUACCUGAAGCAAAAUUGGCAAGAGAGGCUGAACUAAGCUAUGCUCUCAUUGCAACCGCUACAGAUUAUGAUUCUUGGCGUCCUGGUUCGGAAGCAGUGACCGCCACCGAGGUGUUUAAGACCUUGAACGCAAAUGCAGACACGUCUCGCCAUGUCGCCGCUACGAUCUUGGAGGAUCUUCAUCAGGCCCUGAGCGAUAAAGGCAGCACUGGUGGCGACGGAAGGAACUCUAAUAUACUUUUGGAGGAGGUCGGGACAAUGAAGCUCUCCAUGCCGCCUUCCUCAAAGCAAAACCCAGAUGAUAGAAAGAAGCUCGCAUACAUACUGCCCGAGUACUUCUUGGACGUUGAGAUGUGAAUGUACUUAUUCACCCUGUCUGUCACAACAAUCAAGUGAUGCGUCAAAUCGGUCGAUUUUAGUACAUCUCCUCAAGCCCCGAGACCUCAUUAACAUUGGUCAGC